AUGUUAACUACGUUUUCAGAUUUCCUCCAGGAUUGUGGCGAAAGUGUGGAUUGCAAUGAUCUUAAAGUCCUCAUUGUUGAACAUGUCACAGGACUGAAGCAACAGUUCAGGGACAUCUUCCAGGAAGAUGGCAGUUCACUUGUCUGGGUUCGUGAUCCGUUCGUCACUUCAGUCAGGUCAAAUCUCUCGCUUCCUGCUCCAUCAUUGCUGUCACUACACUCCAAACUAAGGCUCCCCAGCACACUGGGUGCUCGGCUGAUUCCACAGCAGUCCUCACACAACGUGCUUAAAUACUUCCAGGGCAUUGCUAAUCCCUCAGCUUCGUUCCUUAGAGUAGAGGCUGACACCUUUACACCAGUCCAACAAACAGUUGUGGCCCUCUAUGACUACACAGCGAAUCGAUCAGAUGAGCUAACCAUACAUCGCGGUGAAAUUAUCCAAGUGUUGUACAAAGAUAAUGAUAACUGGUGGUUUGGUCGCCUGGCAAAUGGACAGCAAGGCUAUUUCCCGGCUAAUUAUGUGGCUGAUGAAAGAGGGUUUGAAGACGAGCUCUGUCACACACUAGAACCAAAUCCUGGUCAGCCUGACCAGCAACACGAGGUCGAAGAGAGAUCCCCAACCCCAACUAAGAUAUCAGCAGUCAUCAGCAAGUCAGGGAAAUUCAAAAUCAUCUCGGAGAAUGACACAGAUACAGACUCACCUGUGACCCUCGUCAAGAAGAAGAAGAAGAAGAAGAAGGCAGCAGUGGGAAGUGGAUCUGAUGCUCCUGUCCUGGCUCCUGAACCCUUAUAGCCUAUAGUGGAACACAGAUCUUUCACAGAAGUUGUGAGAAAGAAGAGACUUAAGGGACCUCUCAAACACUGAUGCAAGCUGAGAAACCAAUGUUGCCUUCAAACCUGAUUUAUAGAUAAGAAUAGACAUUCGCCUCCAGUUUAAACAGCUUUUGGUUUUGCAAUUGUUUGUAUGGCAGUAUCAGCGACACACUACACCUGCAGUAUUUGAAGUGGGAAUACUUUCACUGUAGCACGUCAAACCUGGUAAAGAAGUGUGCUAAUGGAUAUCUGUAGAACCUGGCUUUUGUUUGUGUUAUGGCAAUCAAAGAUUAGGUUGAACCUGUCUGAGAAACUCCUUAGAAAAACACUAGUUUAUUUGUGUAGGGAUGAUUGUUUAUUUGAAGACUGUUGACUUGCCAAAAGCCUACCUGCAGUUCCUUUGUUUAUUAACAUUUGCAGAGAAAAGUUCACAAAAAAAGCAGUUCACAUUACCAAGCACAUUUGUUUGGGGGACAUUGUUUAAAUUUCACUUAAAAUCACUUUUUUAAUGUGGAUAUUAAUAUAUGUAAAUUAUACCUGCCUUUUUCUGUAGAGUGUUUAUUUUGUUGGAUAUGUAUUUCAAACUUAAUUCAGUGUAUUUUUAUAUAUAUUUUUUACUACAUCUUUAUUUACAAGGUUUAUUGAAGGAUACAUUUGUACACUUGAGUGUUGUGUAAGUAUUCAUGAAGAAAUUACAUUUUAACCAAAUUAUUUGUACAUUUGUUUUGACAUUUGUGCAUUUUAAAACAUUCAUUUUUUCAUAGUAUGUUACACAUUUUUUGAUAACAUUGUAAAAUAUUACAAAUAUAUUUUACAAUAUUUUAACUCUACAGGUUCAAAUGGCCGAAUACAUUACGUUGCAUUAGAUGCCAGUUAACUACAUGCCACAUGCUUCUUUUUGGUAUUUUGUGCGUAGGGAGUGCAUUUUAUGUUUUAACUAUAGGCUUAAAUAAUCAGAGAUAAUAAUUAUUGUGGCCUGUGCUAAUAUUUCAUGAAAUAGCUUGCUUAACUGGAGCUAGUACAUAAGUGAGAGAGCCCAUGUUCAUCAGGCGCAUGUGAACAUCUGAGACCUCAAGUGAGAUGUGAAAGUGUUCUUUAAUCUGUUCAAAUUAAUAUAACAUGUAUAAUAAUGGAUUACUACUUACUGAUAGAAAUCAGAAAAAUGCUAAUCUAUCAAUGAAAGACAGUAAGAAACCAUAACCUUAUAAGCUUGUGUUAAAGAAAAUAUAUUGAUUUACUAUCAUGUUGAUAAAAAGGUAGAAAAUCAUCCUGUUGUAAUUCUUCAUGGAUUUCACAUUCCUUGGUUUACCUGCACUUCAUGUUAAAAUAAAAUCUAAUGCCCAGUACAUGUUUUCCAUA